CUGUGACAGGGAGGGGGAAAUAACCCACAUUGAUAUUCAUUCAGUGUGUAGUUUUCGUGAGGAAAUGAAGGAGAAAAAUCCAGUUUUCCCACAUUUAUAUCAACCGCUGUCGUCGUUAAAAAAUGAAGAAGAUAAAUAAUGUAGGCACAUUGGAUUAUAUAGCCCUAGAUACACAGUGUUUUAAAAUAAGAGGUGAUGGUCACAGCUAAGACGUCUUUUUGAACCUAUGGGUCUGCUUGUUCAGGAUUGUAGGGUGUUUAAAGGACAUCAACGUCAGGAGCAGAAUUCCAGCUUUUGAAAAUUCAGAAAGACGAAAGAAAUUUCUAAAUUAUCAGUAUGGCAACACCAUAUCGAUUACCCCCCAAUUACAUGAGACAUCAAGGCAAUUCUGGCAGACACUUUGUUGGACGACAUUAUGAGAGGGAAGAACUGAAGAUCUUGAUCAACGAUGAAGAUACUCAAAUAAUACAAGUUUAUGGACUGCCUUAUGUUGGCAAAACAAGUCUUGUGAAAACUGUCUGUGAAGAAUUGAAGGAUGAAAUCAACCCCGAAAGACUCCACAUAAAACACAUCCAUAUUUCUAAUAAUAGCAGUUGGUCUGAUAUUUCCAACAUGUACAAUACAUUCACCAAUUGUUCCAGUAUCAUCAACACGAAAUGGAAAUUUUGUAUUUUUGAUGAUUUCCAGAACAUUCAAGAAAGCUUCCUUCAAGGUUUCCAGGAACUUUGUGACAAUGGCAUUCCACUGCACAGAAAUCUAAAAAUCAUUCUCAUAUUAAGUGGUGGAAAACCAUUUCAAUUUGAUGGAAUCAGGUUUGGAAAGUGUAAAGUGAGCCCAUUGUCCAUUGGAGAUGCCCAGCUUCUUUUCGGUCGCUGUUCAGACAUUGAGACGAAUGAUGAGAACAAAAAACAAAUACACAACAUCAUCAGAUAUGCCUGUGGCCUGCCAGGACUUCUUAUUUACUUUGCAGAAAAAUUCUCCCAAUUUCGUCAUAAUUUCUCUUUUGAUGAUAUCUACAAAAUGAUUUGUGAUGAAACCAAGCUCAAUGACUGGCUGGAUGAAUGUACAAUUAACAGACGUAAUAUUAAGCAAGAAAUGGACAAGUACUUUUCUCAACUCUCUCUCGAACAGCAAGAAGCUAUCAAAGUGCUUUCAUAUUUUCCUGGAAGAUUUGGCAUUGAGGAAGCUGUUGAAAUGACUGGUUCUUCUAGUCAACCAGCUUCCAAGAUGCAUGUUUUGAUGCCACUUGUCGAACAAGGUUUGAUCAGUUCAGAUUUAGAAUUACAGAAUUUCCAAGUACAAGAAUUAAUACGUGCAAUUACCAAACAACAGAUUGACAAUGUACACAGCAAUGAUUUGGUAAAGCUCAGAUAUACAAACAUUAUUGGGAAAAGUUUGAUGAAGGCUCAAGAUAUUUAUGAUAAAGGCCUCAUAUAUGAAGCACUCGGAAUAAUGAAGAACAACUGGGAAAAUAUUUCGUUUCUGAUGAAGAAAGGGAUUGAAGCACCCUCAGAUGGUAGGACAUAUGGAGUUUAUUAUGAGAUAACAUUAAAAGCCUCAAAUAUACUGAUGCUAUGUCACCCUAGAGAUUCAAGGCAGUUUUUCCAAGCAUGUCUACAAAACUCCCUGUUAUUUGGUAAUGAAGAAGAACAAGCUUUUAUGAAUAUAGCAUAUGGUGUAUCAUUGACAGAUUUACCAGGUUAUGGAGGAUACAAAGAAGCCAUGGAGCACUACAAGAAGGCUUUGGAUGUAUUGAAAUCGAGAAACAUCCAGUACCGACAGGUGCUGCUGUACAAUAGCAUGGCAGACAACGCUCAUAUGCGGGGAAAUCAUGUGGAAGCCUUGAAUUUUGCAGAAAUGGGUUACAACAUGACCGUUAAUGAUGCGAGCCCACAGAUGGUGCAGGAUGCGAAGAUCAAAUGUGCCUCUGCCCUGGCCUACAACCUCUCAUUUGUUGGUUAUUAUGAUAAAUGUGAGAAAAUAUUGACUGAAAACUUAAAGAAAACGUCAGGCUUGACUUCUCCUGUUUUAUCUAAAUUGCUGAAUACAAUGGGUGUUAAUUAUGAAAGGAAUGGUUCACAAUAUAAUAAAGCAAUCAAAUUUUAUAAUGCUGCACUUAGUGAAAGAUUGAAAAUUGUUACUGUAAAUCCAAAUAUAUCUGUGAUAUCGUACUCUAAUGUAGCAAAUUUAUUAUCCCGAAACUUUGGCAAACACAGUAAAGCACUACAACUCCUGUUCAGUGCCAAGGAUAUCCAAAAGAAGCAUAGAUGGCUACACAUGAACACCUCCUUGGUAUUGCAUUACAUUGGUUAUGUGUAUCUGAGAAUGCAUGAAAUCUCCAACAGCCUGACAUAUUUUCAUGGGGCUUUGGAUAUCUACAACCAGAUACACCCAAACUACACCGGAAAGAUGAAUAUCAUUCAUGCGAUUGCGCACUGCUAUCUGCUGAAAGAGGAAUUCGAUAAAGCCAAGAGUUGUUUCAAGGACAUGCUCGAAGGUUACAGUGACCGUUUGUUGAGCGGUUCGUCAGAGGCUGAAUCUCUCUCCCUGGCUUUAGAACACAUGGUUUAUCUCAAUUUGGAAAACCCUCAGAACCAGCUGUUUCAUUUGGAAAAUCUUUUGAACGAAAUAAGACAACUAUUGAAACGAAGUGUAAAUGAGAAACAGAAGCUACGAUAUUCCAAUGCUAUUGCCAAGUACCAUUCCUUGAAACUACUCCUGUUAGAUAAACUCAACCAAAAUGAAGAACGGGCUGGACUCCUCAUGGACUCAAUCCCAGUUCUUUGUAUUUAUUGUAAGAACUUCAGGCAAUAUUUGAAUUGUUCUCAAGAGAAUUAUAUUCAUAAACUUUGCGGACUGAGAUCUAAUUCAUAUGAAAUCGAUAUUCAACAACGAUUAAAGAUUGUAGAAUAAAGAAUGGUUUAUGAUUUUACUUUUUUGGUAUGAUUGACUACAUUAUAGCUGUGGUCAGUUCAAUAGAUGAUCUCAAACAUAGUCUUUUCGGGGUCGAUUAAAUAAGUACCAGUUACGCACUGGGGUCGAUAUAAUCGACUUAAUCCGUUUGUCUGUCCUUGUUUGCCCCCUCUGUGUUUAGCCCCUUCUGGGCAGUAAAGAAAUAUAUAUAAGUAAAGUCACCGGAAGUAACUUGCACGGACACCGGAAAUACAUCUGCCAUCACCAGAGAAAACAAAGCAACUACCCCCAGCGACUUGCCUGACCUUUCAUUGGACAAUAGCUACCUACCUGCCAUUCUAUUGGACACUGGCUAAACAUCACUGCUGAUAUUUUUGUAUAAAUAGACAUGAAAAAUCGCUGUAAAGGUAGUUGGAUUUUUGGUACUCGACUGAUGUAAAUCGGUUCCGUCUCGCCUGCUACGCUCACCACUCACGCCGCCUCGAACCUUUGUACUGCUAUU